AUGGGCACAUUGACCGCCGGUCUCCCUCGCCUCGAGGAACAUUGCCCUCAUAAACUCCCCUCCUCCUGCCGACUUACCGCGACGCCGCGAUGCUGCGCCUGUGACGACCGGCGACCCCAUGCGGGAUCAUACCGCAUCUACGUGGAUGGGGUGGGAUUCGUCUACCGAGGGACGCGGUGGCAGAAUUACUGUUGGUUUUGUAAAGUCUUUUGGGAAAACCGAGUUGCUGCCGCCCAUCCUCGAGUGACCCCAAGUCUAUCAAGGAUUCCAGAAUACCCCGAUCAAUCCGAGUUCUUGACUGCAUGGUUCGAAUUUCACCAGGGAUACAGUGUGAGAACCGGUCCAAACGGAGACCAAACCCGCCAUCCAAUCCUUGGGGAAUCCUUAGAAGACGUUUCUCCUGGACUUCUUCCACGAACUCUAGCAGAAAUUCAUACUGCACGACAUAACGUCAACAUGGAUGCACCUCGACCGGAUCUUCACCAAGAUCAAAUUAUCAAUGCCGCGGAAGAACCGAGCGUUUCAAUCGAAGAUACACUUGACCAGCUGAUGUUAGAAGCCGAUGGUGAAUCACACCCUCAAACCUCAGGCACUAACACUUCAACAUCUUCUGGACAACCUUCUUCCCACAACAGCUCGUCUGCCGCUCAACAUUCCAUGAAUCCCAACACUACAACCAACGACGCCACUGUUCAACCCGACCGCAACCAGCAGCAGAUGGCACGUGUCUUCGGCACGCGUGAAGAUGUACAGUCGGAUACUUACGUGAGUCCGAUUACGGAUAUGUUUUCUAGGGCAUAUGCUCGAUACCAAGAUGCUGAAGCGCAACGUCAGGACGGUGAACCAUCGACUUCACCA